AAAAGAACGAACAAAAGUAAAAUGAAGUUGAGAAAAGAACCUUUUCUCCUGGAUAAUACCUGAAAAAGGUAAUUCUUAAAUGAAUCGAAACAAACAUGAUUCCUCAUAAAAUUUUAAACGGUUUUAUUUGGAAAAUAAUCGAAAAAAGUUAGAAUUAUGUGGAUGCCAAAUAUUGGAUCAUUUAAGUCGUUCAAGAAGUCAGAAGUCCCUGAGAAAGAGGAAGCGGAAGAAGAAACUUCAAUUACAAAUUCUCUUUUAACUACUUCAAAUCAACAAAAAGAAGAAAUGGGUGGCAAUGUAGAAUGUAUUUCGAGACAUUCUUCGAGAAGAAAUAGUCUUUGUUCCGAAAUAAUUCGAAUUGAACAACAAGCGGCGAUUGAAGAAAAGAGAAAUCAAACCGCAUUUGCCAGAAUUACUCAGCGCUUUCAGUUUAUAACUAAAUGGAGGAACAGAAAAAAUAGAGAUGAAGAACAACGUCCAGAUUCUUUUCUUGAGAAAUUUGCAAAUAUGGGACAAACAACAGAAAGACAAGAUAAUGAUGCCAAAACUUCUUCUAGUUGUAUGAGACAACAACCUUCGACACUGAAGCCUGAACCUGAAGAGAGAUUGAAAAACUAUCAAUCCGAAAUGCAUCGUUAA